CGCUGCCAAACUGACGAUUAAUAGUGAACGCCGGCGUUCGUUUCCACGUACGAGAGAAAGUCCGAGGAGAAAUGAUGCAACCGAAUUCAGCGCUGUUAAAUCUCGUCUGCAUUAUCACCGUGUCGUAUACGGUUUCGGGACACCCCUUUUCGUUCCUGCCACGGUAUGCCGUUGAACGAGCCGCUGAGCGUAGGAGCAUAGGAAGACAAAUGGUCGAGCAUAGAUCUAAUUUCCUAACUCCAUUAACGGAAUAUGGAGCACGAUCUGUCGAAUCAAAGCCUGUGGAACCAUGGACCAAAAUUUCUCAGAACCCCGUGAAUGGCAUCGAGACAACUGUCGGGAGCAGAGUAGAAUUGGAAUGCAAAGCUAGCGGCAGCCCGCCACCGGAAAUUCUUUGGUUCACCGGAAGUGGCACCAACGAGCAGCUUGUUGAAUACGUCAAAGCCAACACGCAUUCUCUGUACGAUCCAUCUGAGGAGUGGAAAGGAGUGGCCAGAAUUAAUUCGAAGCUCGUGAUAGAGUGCAUUACUCCGGAUGAUGCUGGAUUGAUCUACUGUGCGUCGGUUUCUGCAAGAGAAGUGAAGGUAUCCACUCCUACGGCGCUACUGGUUAACAGCGAAGAAAGUGCCAGCAGCAAUUGCACUUCCGAAAGCGACCCAACAAUUACUCUAUACUCCCCCACACGUGUAGCUAACAUAGGAGCCACUGUUGUACUACCAUGCAGAGCGAGUGGCAAACCAACGCCAGAAAUUUCGUGGGUGGACAACUUCAACGUACCCCUAAGUCUCUCGACGAAUCUGCGGCACCGAGUUUUGGAUAGCGGUGAUCUUUUGAUAGAGGAACUUUUAUGGGAAGACAUGGGUGGUUACACGUGUCAAGCCAAGUCUGGACAUCGUCAACAAGUCGUCAGCACGUUCCUCUAUCCGUUACGCCCUGAAACCGAAGUGGACCGGACGGUUAAUUGAAGAGUCACAAAAGAACGAGUCUCGAUUGCUUUGAUCGGUCACCUUUCCAUUAUACGAUGUACGCGACAAACGGGAUAGG